UCUAACUGUGUUUUUCUUUUCUCUGCGACAACCGUAAAGGAGAGAAACCCUAAGUUUCUGCAACGAUGUGGAAUCAGCCCUACCGGAAAGACGACGUAGAGUCCGGAUCCCGGCAACUGUAUCCUAUGAUGUUGGAGAGUCCAGAACUCCGAUGGGCCUUCAUUCGUAAGGUCUAUUCCAUCCUCACCCUUCAGUUGCUUCUCACCGUUGUCGUGGCGGCCGUCGUCGUUACUUUCCAUCCAAUCUCACAAUUCUUUGUCAGCACGACUGCCGGAUUGGCGCUUUACAUUGUUCUUAUUAUUAUGCCUUUCAUAAUCUUGUGCCCUCUUUAUUAUUACCACCAGCGACAUCCGGUGAACAUGUUACUUCUUGGAUUGUUUACCACAACGCUUGCGUUCUCCGUUGGAUUGACUUGUGCAUUCACAAGCGGGAAGGUUAUUUUGGAAUCUGUGAUUCUAACAUCUGUUGUGGUAGUGAGCCUUACUCUCUACACAUUCUGGGCAGCAAGGAGAGGGCAUGAUUUCAGCUUCCUUGGACCUUUCUUAUUUGGGGCAAUCUUAGUUCUUAUGGUUUUCGCUUUAAUACAGAUACUUUUCCCCUUGGGAAAACUUUCAGUUAUGAUAUAUGGGGCUUUGGCAUCCAUUAUAUUCUGUGGGUACAUCGUUUACGACACUGACAAUUUGAUCAAACGCUAUUCUUACGACGAGUACAUUUGGGCUGCAGUAUCUCUCUAUCUGGAUGUCAUCAACCUUUUCCUCUCCCUGCUUACUCUCUUCAGGGCUGUAGACAGUUAGACAUCUCUUUUUUGGGUGGGACGAAAUUUUACAAGUGUAAUUUUUCUUUUUAAAUGAUAUAAAAUGUAAGUAAUCAUUAAUCAAGCUUGUAAAUCCAUUUUUAGAUG